UAUACCAUUUACAUAGUUUUGAGGUGACACGAAUAUUCUAGAUCUAAAAUGCCAGAGUCAGAUCAUCAGAUGGAGGAACCUAAAGAUAGGAGGCCACUUUCUCUUCUGGACUUGCCGAUCGAGGUCAUGGAGAAGGUCUUACCGCAUUUGGGGAUAGAGGGCCAUACAUUAGUUCGUUCGGCAUCGACAGCGUUGAAAGAGUUGAGCAAUGCUUAUAUAUUGCGCCAGCACAAGUGUUUCGAGGCAGCUUAUCAGGAGAAAAUGGGGGAGAGUGACGGAAGCCGACGUGUAAGGAUCAUGCUGCAGGUAAUGCGGCAUUCUACUAGUUACUUCAACUAUGAAAACUUCGAGUCGGACCUCGCUCUGUGUCUGAACUCCUUCCAUGAGUGGCGCAACUUGUUCUUCUCGGAAACUAAACAGCUUUGCAUUUUUAUUGUUCAGUUUCUGUCACGCCUUGAACGACCAUUAACUACGGUCUGUGCUAAGGAGAACACGGAAGUUAGGGUCAGACGCCUUCAAUAUACAAUGACGCUGUUCGACCUUCUGCGAAAGUUCCAAAAUUUUCAACUGAAAGGGUUUGGGAUGAGCCUGUUCCACUGGAAUGUGCAGGUGGAGCUCGGCAAGACCUUCUUCGGAAUCGUAGACGAAAGCCACCGGCUUGUAGAUCACAAAAGACGCAUCGACUUCAUGGCUAUUCUUGUAGAGAUGCUCUUCCACGACUCGAACAAUAAAAACUUUUGCGGACAGAAGGUUACGGAGGAUACCCUUUAUACCUUUGGUGUCCUACCUCAGUCUAAGUCGAAUCAAAAUCCUCGGCUACUGCUGAAGUUCAUAGUGCACGCUGACCACAGUGUAAUCGGUGUCCUGCAUGAUGUUAUCACCGGCACGGGCGAUCCUAGCAAGUCGCUUUAUCUGCUUCCUCUAUCGGGCUGUACCAUUCGCCUGGAGCUCAAAGGCCAGCGAGGACCCAAAAUUGUCUAUUAUAGUGACAUGAGCGUUAAUAUUUUGGGACAUGAUGAUCUAGAAGUGUAGCUUCAGGGAGGCAUGGAUUAGAUAUAAUAGGCUAUUGCCAGAAAGGUUCAAAUACUUUCCAGAUAUUCAUAUAUUUUUACGAAUGGAAAACAUUUGUACAGCUUAAGUACUCAUUUGACCAGAAAAUAUGUUUAUAAAUUACAACUAUAACUGCUGUAA